GGCCGCAACCCGGAAAUGCGGCUCGAGGGCGCCGACGCAGCUGACCAGGGCCGCCGCGUGACGACAGCGAGCACGGCCAAUGAGUGCGGGCGGCGGCCGCGGUUUGGAGGAAGUCCCGCCCAGCGUCGCGCGGGGGCGGGGCGGCGAGCGGCGGGGCGGGCGCAGGAUGAGGGCGGCCAUUGCUGGAGCUCGGCUGCGGAGAGGAGGACGCUGAAGAAGCGCAGAGUCGCGCGGGGCUGCGGAGGUGCCCGAGCCGCCGCGGGGUCCAUGGCCAGGACCACCAGCCAGCUGUAUGACACCAUUCCUAUUCAGUCCAGCGUGGUGUUAUGUUCCUGCCCAUCCCCAUCAAUGGUGAGGACCCAGACUGAUUCCGGCACGGCCCCUGUUGCUCCAAGCGGUGGUAGCAGGCAGGGCCCAACCAUGGACAGCACUGCGGCCGAGUCCCGACCAAGUGCCAACUCACUGCAACAUGCCGCACAGCCACCACCACAGCCUCGGAAGAAACGGCCAGAAGACUUCAAAUUUGGGAAAAUUCUUGGUGAAGGAUCUUUUUCAACAGUUGUCCUGGCCCGAGAACUGGCAACCUCAAGGGAAUAUGCUAUUAAAAUUCUAGAGAAACGUCACAUUAUCAAAGAGAACAAGGUCCCGUAUGUAACCAGAGAGAGAGACGUGAUGUCGCGCCUGGAUCACCCCUUCUUUGUUAAACUUUACUUCACGUUUCAGGAUGAUGAAAAGCUGUAUUUUGGCCUUAGUUAUGCCAAAAACGGAGAACUACUUAAAUACAUUCGCAAAAUUGGUUCAUUCGAUGAGACGUGCACCCGAUUUUACACAGCUGAGAUGGUGUCUGCUCUAGAGUACUUGCAUGGCAGGGGCAUCAUUCACAGGGACCUGAAACCAGAAAACAUUUUGUUAAAUGAAGAUAUGCACAUCCAGAUCACAGAUUUUGGAACAGCAAAAGUAUUAUCCCCAGAGAGUAAACAAGCCAGGGCCAACUCGUUUGUAGGAACAGCCCAGUAUGUUUCUCCAGAGCUGCUCACAGAGAAAUCGGCCUGUAAAAGUUCAGACCUUUGGGCUCUUGGAUGUAUAAUAUACCAGCUUGUGGCAGGACUCCCACCGUUCCGAGCCGGAAACGAAUAUCUUAUAUUUCAGAAGAUCAUUAAGUUGGAAUAUGAUUUUCCUGAAAAAUUCUUUCCUAAGGCAAGAGACCUUGUGGAAAAACUUUUGGUUUUAGAUGCCACAAAGCGAUUAGGCUGUGAAGAAAUGGAAGGAUAUGGCCCUCUGAAAGCUCAUUCAUUUUUUGAAUCCAUCACAUGGGAGAAUCUGCAUCAUCAGACACCUCCGAAACUCACCGCUUACUUACCAGCCAUGUCGGAAGAUGAUGAAGACUGCUAUGGAAACUACGACAAUCUCCUGAGCCAGUUUGGCUGCAUGCAAGUGUCAUCGUCGUCAUCCUCCCACUCCCUGUCUGCCUCAGACACGGGUCUGCCACAGAGGGCGGGCAGCAACAUCGAGCAGUAUAUCCAUGACCUGGACACUAAUUCUUUUGAACUGGACUUACAGUUUUCCGAAGAUGAGAAGAGGUUAUUAUUGGAGAAGCAGGCCAGUGGAAACCCUUGGCACCAGUUUGUAGAAAAUAAUUUAAUACUAAAAAUGGGUCCAGUAGAUAAGCGAAAGGGUUUAUUUGCACGACGACGACAGUUAUUACUUACAGAAGGGCCGCACUUAUAUUAUGUGGAUCCUGUCAACAAAGUCCUGAAAGGUGAAAUUCCAUGGUCACAAGAACUCCGACCAGAGGCCAAGAAUUUUAAAACCUUCUUUGUCCACACACCAAACAGGACGUAUUACCUGAUGGACCCGAGCGGGAAUGCUCACAAAUGGUGCAAAAAGAUUCAGGAGGUGUGGAGGCACAGAUACCAGAGUCACCCAGACACCACCGUGCAGUGACAGCCCGCAGCCCUGCCCUCGCUGCCAGGACAUGCGCCCCAGCGCAGCUCAUGGCUAUCCGGGACGCUUCCAGACCACCUCCCAGCCAUCUCAAGGGGAAUGUAGACAGUGGAACCUUGCAGCUUUUUUAUUUAAAAGAAAAGAAGAAAAAAAUACCCAACAACACAAAGAACAAAACCAAUAAUGAACAGGAAUUCAGGGUCGCUUUGCUUGCUCUCUGUGCUCUAUGGAGGCCUCCCGAGCUGUCCUUGUUGCCAGCACCCAGUGCUGUGCACAUCUACCUGAUUCCCACCUGGACCAGUGGACCAGUGUCACCAGCUCUCCACCGUGCACCCCGGUCACCUGCUGGUCUUGCUGUGGCCUAGGGGACAGGGUGUAUCUCUGGGCUCUUUCUGCCCCCUAGACUAUCGUGUUACUCUUCACCAGGGAGUUGUGUGUGCUCUGCAGGGGGCGGCCUCUGAUCUCCAUGGGGUGGGAGGGUUCUUGGCUUUUGUCUGUGUGCUCUUUUCCUCAUGUCCCUAGAUCAUGGCCCAUCCCCUGUGCUGCGGGCCCUUGCUUUCCUCCUGGAGUAGCUCUGGCUACAGGAUUUCUGUCUGCAAGUGCUCCACAUGUUGUGACUGCCAGGUAGGCUCCCAGUGGUAAGAAGUGGAACAGGCUGUUGGGUGAAAUACAAGCCACUGCCUGCAAGGUUCCAAUCCAUCAUCCCAUGGAACGGUGUUGCCCUCCGGGGCUGGAACCCAUGCACACGGCUGCAGGGAGCACAGUCAGCAGUGGGCCCGGUUAGCCCCAGCUGCACCAGCAGACGGCUCUGCCGGCCUCAUGAGACCAGGGCAGCAAGGCAGACAGGGCCUGGUGGUCUCCACGUGUAGGAGUGAGAUCUGAUGAGCCUUUCUGAGAGUUUGUUAAAGGCUGAAGUGUGCAGGACUCCCCCAGACCAGUUACUUAGGAGCCAGGAGACUCCUCACAAAUUGGACGGUACUCAGUCAUCUGGGUGGUGGGAGGAGUGCAGGCUCCCGGCCAGCACACGCACCCUUUUCAUGUUGUGAUUGAAUAUGCUCACAGCCUAAAGUUCUUACAUCCCAACAGUGAGAAUCUAAUGCCUUCUCAUGGUGCCAGGUGAUCUGGUCUCCAUCAAGUGGACUUUGCCUGGGAAAAAAAGAGUUAACUUGCCUGGCACUUGAACCCUGCUCUCCUUCCAUUUCAGGUUCCCUCCUUUCAAUGCUUAGAGGCAGCUCCUACUCUACUGUGACCUACACAUGGUCCAGAUCCUGCUAGUUCUUUGAUUUUCUUUGCUGCUGCUCCCCAGACAGUGGGUCUUGGCUGUUCCUCUCCCUACCCAGGUGUCCCUGGAGGGCAGUCCUCUGUUCCAGGGGGAGAGGAGCAGGCCCUGCAGGCUGCUCCCAGGGGAUGAACACCUUUCCUUUUCCUUUAGACUUUCACCAAGGCACUAGCAAAAGGCUCACACAGGAAAGCCCCUCACCACUGCCCUGUCUCCUGUCUCAAACACACCAUUCAUCACCCUCUGUGACCAGUGGUCCCGAUGGGGAGGAGAGCCGCCUUCCUCACAGUGAGUGAUAGGAGUGGCUGUUCUUAAACUGGGCAGGAGCAUGGAUGUGGGGGUUCACUGUGCUGGGCAGGGAGAGGGCUGAGCAGAGGUCGUAGCCAGGUUUGCUGGUGGUUUCUGUUCGGGCCUGUCCUCUGCUCUGUGAAAUCUGAGAAAAGGACAGACAGCUCACCUCUGUCUGGGGCAGGGGCAGGGGCGGGGGUGCCCUUAGCGCAAACUCCCUCUAUGCUCCUCUUUCCUCACUUUUGAAAGGCCUGUGUUCAUCUGCUUUUCAAAAAGUGAGUCUGACUUGCCCCUUUCGAGAAUUUCACUUCAGGCUUCCUCCCAUAUUGACAUUUUACUCUUCUCAGAAACCCUGCCUGUGUGUGUGCUGGUAGAAGGGUGAGGAACCAGUUUCUGUGCAGCAUCACCUCAAGUGUCUGGUUACAGGGAAAUGAGCGCGGCUGGUACUUGUGUUUAAUAAGGGCACUCAGCCGGCUGCUCACGAGACAAGUCCUCCCAUGCAUUCUGCCUUCUGGAUAGCGCCACUACCUCCUGGGCUUAACCAACAAGCUCCAUCUUAACCUCUGAAACCAGGAAAUGAGGGGUUCAGGGUUGAGCUCAAAGUUGACAGAGCUGCAGUGACUGCCCUCGGCCGAGCCAGUGUAAGCUGAGCCCUUCUCUGUAAGCCAACUUUCUCUGUUCACUCAGAGGCCUCUUUUUUUUUUUUUUUUUUUUUAAGGCCCAUGUGUAAUCUUCUCUUACCCAUACUUCCGCCAGCUUUAAUUUUAUCUAAUUUAUCCUUACAGCGAUCGUCUUGGCAUCAGGUGCCUUACAUUCUGAGAUGUGGACAAGGGUCUGUGUAUAUACACAGACAUACCUGGAAAUAUGAAUGUGGAUUUAUCCAAAGUGAGAAAGAAAGUGCCCUGUUGUUUAAUAGAUCCAGGAGCCAUGUGUCUUAGAGUCAGCAAAGACAAGUCAAACCAGGUACCACCAACUGCAGACAGUCCCUCCCAUGCAGCCUCCCGCACGGAGGGGAGGGCAGCUAGGAGGCCUGUGCUCUCCACUGUGCCUUGUUGGUCUCUGGGAACUGGAGGAGACUGGGUUUGCACAGGAUGUUUCCUCCCCUCUUUCUGUGGACCUGACCAGGGCCAUGGGCAGUGGGCAGCCCCCUGUGGAGUGCAAAGCCCCGCCAAUGAUUGGCACCAUUGACUGCCUGCUAUUCUGAACCUAACAGCUCGUGACAGACUUGCUUUUGAAAAAAUGGCUCUUGUGGUCAUGCCAAAGCUGGCGAGAACUACACCUACUCCAGCCCUCUUGGCCCAGCCUGAAGGGAUUGCAGGAGAUGGCCCCAUGGCGCACACACAUACCAACCCGAACCCAGGGCAGGGGGCCCUGGGUGACUCCGAAUUUUCUUAAAACAUUUGUUUUCUUAAAAAAAAGGGGGGGGGGCAGAAAAGACCACUGUAAACAUUUUGGUGUAUAACCUGUCCUCCCUCCCCCCCAAAUUUGUUUGCUUUUUUCAUCUAAACUGGGAACAUAAAAGACAUGCUCUUUAUUAUUGGUUUUUAGUGUGAGAGGAAGGGAGAGAAACUUCAGGUGAGAAAGAAACAUACAUCAGUUGCCUCCUGUACACCCCCCAACUGGGGAUUGAAUCUGAAACCUUUAUAUGUGCCCUGACCAAGAACUGAACCCUCGACCCUUUGGUUCACAGGACGAUGCUCCAACCAACUGAGCCACACCGGCCACGGCCAAUAUAUACUGUUGUGCAUCGAGCUUUUUUCACUUUUAUUUUAUCUUAAGCAUUUCCCCAUGUCAUGAAUAAUGAUUCCGAAGCAUUGUUUUUAAUGAUUGUAGAGUUGAAUGGCUAUAAAUCUUAUAAUUUAUUUCCCUGUUAUAAAACAUUUAGGUGGUUUCUAGUUUUUCACUAUUUAAAUAAUGCUGUGAUGACUGUCUUUCUAAAUCUUUGAUUUUUUACUCUGAUCCCUUCUACCCCCAUUCCCACAAGUAGUAUUUUUGAGUAAAAGUUUGUUUCAAAGGUGGUAUUAAUUUAUUUCUGUCUGACCUGUUGCUCAGAUGCUCAGAGUUCUAGAACAGGACCUGCUUAGUUGUUUCCUUCAGAUUUUGAAGAAAUGAAUGAAUUUCUGGUAAAUUGUAUUGAAACUCUUAUUCAAACAGUGUUUGAAUAAGAUUGCUCUUUUUCUUUUUUAAUGCUAAAAAUGAUGUCAUUACUGCAGUAUUUUUGUGACAGAUUUUUCCAAAAGUCAAUUUCCUCGUCUUCAUUGAAAGAACCUGGUAUGCUGGCAUGUUAGUUACUUCCCCCGCUGCUGCCAUGGCUUUCACGUGCUUGGUGAUGUUUUCAGAGUCUUGUACUUUGUGUCCACAGUGGUACUGAACUUGCAGCUGCACAGUCGGGAGAUAGAAAGUGCUGACCUGAUCUUGCCACAUGCUUAGUGGGUGAUCUGUAAUUAAGUUUAUAGACUCGGAGUAUGCUGGGCCGAUUGGAAUCAGUGAAAAAACGAAAGCUCUACUUGGAAAAAAACCACAGACACAGUUGUGUUUUACAGAAGUGUGUGUGCCCCCCUCCCAUCUCCCACCUCCAGCUCUUCACAUCCUGGGACUCUGUCAGAGGGUCGUGGUUCAGUAGCACAUGGCCAGGCUUUUUCAUGGUAGAAAGUGAGUAUCCUGGCUAAGGACUUCCCUCUCCUCACCCACAGUGUUGCAGGUUGUCUAGUUGUCUUCACGUCCCGACCACCUCAAUUUGGUUUUAUACUUAAUUUCUCCACUUUACUUUGGGGUCCAUUGGUUCUGAAGGGAAACAGGCAUGAGAAAUUUUUCUAGGUACCAUGCUCAGUGCCACAUGACUCCGCCAAAGACUGUGGCUGAAUUGCACAGAAUUAGGUCUCCCGCCCUCCUCUGAAUCUUCAAACCCCCCUCCCUUGGCCAGUCUAGACGGAGGAUGCAGUCGCCAGGAGUUUGGAGAUGGUAUUGUUCGUGGAGAUGUUGCCAUACAUGCUUUUCCCUAUUCUUUCUUUUCAUAUCCAAACCUAACCUGAGCGGAUGGUGAGUCAAGUGGGUGUGGCCCUGCCUCUUGGGCAGCCCACCGGGCAAGGGCUGUAAGCCAGGGCAGGAGUCACUGCCUGAGCCUCAGGGGCACAGGCUGCUGGCAGGGUUGUAAUCCGGCUGCCUGUGGAGAGCUGGUCUGGGGAGGAAGCUGUUCCAGCAAAGAGCAGUUUUCUCUCCGGCUCAGACAGCUGUGGUGUGCCACUGAACAAGCCUUCGUACCCCUGAACUUUCCCCGUAAGUCCUUUCUUCAAUACGAGGAAACGCCAGACAUUAUGUACAGAGACCUAUGUACAAAAGGCAAACCUUUUUAAGCUGUGUAAUCCACCCUAGUCUAACCUGUCUAGCUGAGGACCGUGGGUAGGGUUCAUUUUGCAGGGGACAAGCCUCUAUCACCAUCAUAGGUUUGAUUGGACGUCGGCAUAAUUUACUUCCGUGGUAUUUAGAGCUGCUGUACCUGUUCCUUGACACAAAAUCGGACGAGUCAAUAGUCUGUUAGUUGUCUUUCAGGUUGGUGGCAGUCACUUAGAACAUGUGUGAUAUUCUCUACCUGGUCUGUAGCUGUAACUGUGAUGUACAGGCAAAGCAAAAAUUAAAAAAAAAAAAAAACUUAUGAAAAACAAAUAAUGCAAUGAUAUUAGGAUAUACACUUUUGUAUUUUUAUUCUUAUAUAAGAUUAUUUGCUGGCUAUUGUUGGCCUCUAAUUCAGUCUGUGUUAUUUAAAAUCUAAUAUAUGAAUUAUUUGGAUUGAAUUCAUGUUUGAGGCCAGGUUGUUAUAUGUAUUGAUGUACAGCCUUGAAUGUGAAUAAUUAUUGUAAACUAUAUUUUACAACUUUUUCUCUGGCUUUAUUAUAUAAAUUUUCUAUUUGGUCGAUGAUUUAAUCAUAUCAUAAUUUAAUGAAUCUUUUUUUCCCCAAAAUAUUUGUGCUUUAGAUGUAGUUGCUGGAUGAUGAAUUUUACACAUAUGCGAGGUAGUCUUGUAAUAAAAAAGCAUGAAGAGUGUA